AUUUGUUGUUGUGGAAGGGUAACAAAAAUGGCGGUGAAGGGGCUGUGUGGAUCGGUAGACGAGUUCUUGAAGCAUUGUGAGCAGUCCGGUGACGCUGCUUACAGUGCGUUCCGAUCACUCCUCGAGAGGCUCGAAGAUCCAACGACUCGUACUCAGGCUCGGAUUUUCCUGUCUGAUCUUCAGAAGCGUUUCGACGCCAAGGAGGCCAACGAGCAAUGCCUCCAAACCUACCAUUUCCGAAUCCACGACAUUUAUAUUGAACAAUAUGAAGGUUACCAGAAAAGGAAGAAAUUGACAAUGAUGGUGAUCCCAAGCAUCUUUAUACCAGAGGACUGGUCCUUUACUUUUUAUGAGGGACUGAAUAGACAUCCUGACUCUAUCUUCAAUGACAAGACAGUUGCUGAGCUUGGUUGUGGAAAUGGAUGGAUAUCCAUUGCCAUUGCUGAGAAGUGGUCACCCCUAAAGGUAUAUGGCCUCGAUAUAAAUCCAAGAGCAGUCAAGGUUUCUUGGAUAAACUUAUAUUUAAAUGCUUUGGAUGACAAUGGCCAACCAAUCUACGACGGGGAGAAUAAAACUUUACUUGACAGAGUAGAGUUUCAUGAAUCCGAUCUGCUAGCUUACUGCAAGGAUCAUCACAUAGAACUUGAACGGAUUGUCGGCUGCAUUCCACAGAUUCUUAAUCCAAAUCCAGAUGCAAUGUCCAAGAUGAUUUCGGAAAAUGCAAGCGAGGAAUUUCUGCAUUCAUUGAGUAACUAUUGUGCACUCCAGGGUUUUGUGGAGGACCAAUUUGGCUUAGGUCUAAUUGCUAGGGCAGUUGAAGAAGGAAUUGCUGUCAUAAAACCAAUGGGGAUUAUGAUCUUUAAUAUGGGAGGGCGUCCAGGACAAGGUGUUUGCAAACGCUUGUUUGAACGCCGUGGUCUUCGUGUUAACAAGCUUUGGCAGACUAAAAUCCUUCAGGCUUCUGACACAGACAUUUCAGCUUUAGUUGAGAUUGAAAAGAAUAGUCCACACCGUUUUGAGUUCUUCAUGGGCCUUGCUGGAGAUCAGCCGAUUUGUGCUCGAACAGCAUGGGCUUAUGGGAAGGCUGGUGGUCGUAUAUCUCACGCUUUAUCAGUUUACAGUUGUCAGCUUCGUCAACCAAAUCAAGUUAAAAGAAUUUUUGAGUUUCUCAAAAAUGGGUUCCAUGAGAUAAACAACUCUUUGGAUUUAUCUUUCGAAGAUGAUUCCGUUGCGGAUGAGAAGAUUCCUUUCCUAGCUUAUCUUGCCAGUGUUCUGAAAGAGAAUUCAUUUUUCCCAUAUGAGCCACCUGCUGGAAGCACACGAUUUCGUAGUCUCAUUGCAGGCUUUAUGAAAGCAUACCACCAUGUUCCACUUACUGCCAAUGUAAGAAAACAGUUAAUCAAGUGCUGCAUUUGA